AUGGUGGGUGGUGGCUAUAUAGAUAACCAAAAGAAGAAGAACAGUGAAUCAUCACUACAGUUCAAGAGUAUUAUAAAUAAUCGGUAUCUCCGAACAAAGAUAUUCAAUCAUGUCAACCAUAUUCAUCAAGCAAUAGUUGAUAGAUAUUUCAUUGGACGUAAACAUCAAAAGGGAUUAACAUUGAUAGUAAAGAUAUCUCAAGUGAUAUCAUUACAAGAGUUUAUUAGAAUCAAUAGAUCUGACUUGUUUAUUGAUCAUUUCGAUAGAGUAUAUGAUACAAUCAAACUUGGUUGUAAAGAUGAUAAUGUCAUAUUGGAUCAUGAUAUUGUAUUUAGAGAUUUAUUGGGUGUGAUUAUUGAUAAUAAUGAUUCGAUUUCAUUGGAGUUUAUGUUGAAUAGAUUCUCAUUUACUCUUCAAACUAUUAUAAUCUGGUUACCAUUUUCCAACAAUUUCCUCCCGACAUUAACAUCAACAUCAACAUCAACAACAACAACAACAAUCACGAUUGAUCGAAAAGAAUAUUUAUAA